AUGGAGACCUACCAGGGCCACGUCCGUACGCCCACCGACGCCAUCCUGCUCUUCGAGGCAUGUCGCCUUGGCCUGCUGCCCCGCGUGCAGCGGCGGCUCUCUGAGAAGGAACGCCAGCAGAUCAAGUCCGGAUCAGUUUUUGUGUGGGAUGAGCGCGAAGCUGGCAUGCGAAGAUGGACCGACGGAAAGUCCUGGAGCGCAAGCCGUGUGUCUGGCAGUUUCCUGACCUACCGCGAGAUGGAAGGCAAGCGAGGCGGCAUUCACCUACCACCGCUGCCCCAAGGUCCCAGUGCUGCGCGGAAGGCCAGAGAGCGAUCGAACCAGCAGUCGGACGGGUCUAAAGGCGAAUCAGACGAGGACGGCCCCGACGGAUACCGCUACAAGCCAGAUGGGCUCAUGAAGCAGUCUUUCAGCAUCACCACCCAGAACGGCCAGCACUUGCAUCUGAUCAGCUACUACGCCAGGUCGCACCCAACCGCCACAGACUUGCGCCAGCCUUCGCAGGACCCCACCCUACGACACAUCCGUCCCCCAAAGCACAUGUACCCCGAGUCCACCGUCAGCGAGUCGACCGGCGGUGUCCCUGCUGUUACUCGAGGUCCGAUGCCUGGUUCGCCGUAUGCCCAAUCGCCGCACCCAAUUGCCAUGGCCUCGCCAUACAACCGACCGGGAGCCACCCAUCCUCAGGGCUACGGUGGUAGCUGGCCUCCAACACCCAACGGACAAUCCCCUCUGCAGUACGCGCAUUACCCACAGCACAUGUACGCGCACUCGCAGCAAGGCCCUACAUUCCUUGAUCGCCCACCACCUCCCUUGAGUAACAAUGGAGUGCCCCCACCCCCACCUCACAUGGCGCCAAUGGCUGGACACCCUCACCAUCCGCCGCCUCCACACCAUCAACAACACCCGCAACAUCAACAACACCCGCAACAUCAACAACACCCGCAACAUCAACAACACCCGCAACAUCAACAACACCCGCAACAUCAACAACACCCUGCAUACUCAAUGCCACCGCAGCAUCACCCGCAGUACAUUCCGAACCCCUCGCCUCAUGCGAACCAUUCCCCGUAUCCCCCACAGCAGCCACCACCUGCGCAUAACGGACACCAAAUUGACCCAAGACUGGCUCUCAGCUCGGCACCGCAACAGCCAGGCGAAUUGGCCCAGGGGCCCCACCUUCCAGCACUCAAUGGGUCAGUCGGCCCAACCUCGAACGGCGACCGAGUCCCUUCGCCGCGCUCAUCGGGCUCCCGGCCGCAAAACUCGGAGUCGCUGGCUGUGCCGGAGACCAACGGUAGCGCAGCCGCCAAUGCACCUUCUCCUGCACGAACAAUUCCAAGCGUCGGGUCUCUGCUGAACAACAACCCUCCAAAUGAGCCUUCGAACGACGGCCGCAGCCAGCAGAGCAACAGCAGACACGGAAGCAGGAGCCCAAAUAGCAACCCACAGCGGUCUGCCCAGGACAUAUCAGGCGACAGGAUGAACGUCCGCGCCACAGACCAGUCGGCAUUGCGGAAACUUGACUCCCAGCUUUUGGUACGAUGAGCAUCAUACAACCUAUCUACGAAUUUUCCAAUUGUCCUUCUCCACACUUUCCAAUUGCUUUCUCACUGUGGCGCUUUGACUUAAGAUGGUUUUAUGUUUCUAUUUCUUUUGCGGAAUUCAACGGAAAGAGAAAAUUGGCGUUAGGGUGGGAUCGGUCGACGGCGUUGCUGCAACCUACAGCCUGCAUACCCGGUAUCUGUGCAUUUUCCGGUGUUCUUGGGAAACUCUGACGGACACCCGUUUGACAGUUCUGCUUUCUUGCUUUCAUCCUUCUUUGCGUGUUCUCCAAGAGGGUACUUAGGGAACUUUGUAACAUUACGCACGGCCAAACGUCGAAAAGACUGGGCUGGAAUGGGAGCAGGCGUUCUCGUACUGCUAGAUAGUGCGUUGUUCUGAAAUGCAAUCAAACAUGAUUAGCUUACUCUACUUGCUUUGAAUUGGUGCGUAUGUUGUACUUAUUACAUCGUGAAUCUACAUG